AGGCGCGGGGGCUCGAAGGCGGCUGCCUCGCCUCCGCGUUCGGCUACGCCGCCGCCGAUGAUGGUGCCGGCCGGGGCGGUGGCGAUGCGGACGCGAUCGCGGAGGCGGGCGAUGGAGGCUGCGGUGGCGGCGCCGGAGGAGCCCAGGGCGAAGCGGAGGAGGAAGGGAGCGAGCUCGGAUGUCGCGGAGGCGUCCGGUGGCCGGGGCAGCAAGGAUGCCGGGGCCUCGGGGUCGACGCCGAGAGAUAGGCGGCGCGGGCGCGACCGCUCGCGGCGACCGUCGAAGCCAGCGAGCACGGCCCGCGCGCGGAAGCGCAGGGGCAAGGAGUCGGAGUCGGAGGCGGAAACAGAGGUGGAGGCGCCAGCCCGUGGAGAACGGGUGAAGGUGUCACGUGGCAAUGAAAGUGAUGACGACGGCGGGCGACGCGAUGACGCUUCUGAUGGCGGGAAUGGGGAGGCUCGCACGGGAAGCGCCAAUGCUAAAAAGGGCAACAGGGAUCGUCGCAGAGCCACUGGUGUGGACGAGAUUCCGGAGCCUCGCGUAGCCCGGGAGGUCACUGCUUUGGAUUUGAAUCGUCGCAAGGACGAGGUGGUCUCGGGAGAUGCAGAGGAAGUGGAAGGUGAUGCUGAUAAGGUAGUUGGGCGAGUUGAUGGCUCUAUUAUCGACGAGAACACGAGAGAUUCUGGGAACAGAGAGCAGGCAUCGAUUGUGAAUGUGGUGUAUGAGAUGGCACCCUUUGAAGGUGACUAUGACGACGAGAUGUUGGAGGAACAGCUUGUUGGAGAUGUAAUCCGGGCUUACAGCAACGGUGGAGACUUGGAUGCAGAUUUAGUGGAUUGGGAGGAAGAGGAUGAGAUGGAGUUCGAUGAUGAUGAGCAGCAGCUUGCUGGAGAUAUAAUCCAUGCUUACAGCAAUUGUGGAGAUUUGGAUGCAGAUGGAGUGGAUUGGGAAGCAGAGGAUGAGAUGGAGUUUGAUGAUGAUGCAGAUGAUGGCGAUUUUAUGGAUGAUGCUAAUGAAGGUGGCAUGACAGAACCAAUACAAGACCAUGAUAAGAUGGAAAUGCAAGACUUGGUGAACCAUGAUGUUGUUUUGAGUGAAGGGAGGUGUCAGGAUGCAGAGGAGGCAAAGGCGGAGGAAGCAGGUAUCAAGGAUGAGGUGGAACCAAAGAGUGAAGCAGCUCCAGGUUCUACUCAACAGGGCUCGCAUGUAGAAAUUGUAGACUCUGAUGACGAAGAAGUCAAGUUGCUUGAAAAUGUGAGUAGUGCCCCCUCCAGGAAGGCAUCAGUCCAAGCCAAGUUACCAACAAUUCCAUCUUGUGUUGCAUGGAGAACUCGAUCUUCAUGGGGGAUGAUUCAGGAUAGGCUAUCAUACAAUCCAUAUUUUGAGGCAUUGUCUGAUGAGCCAAAAGAGGAGGAGGAGGACACAGAAGUUGAACUUGAUGAAGAGGACAACAAUGAUGAUGACUGUAGUGAAACUUCUGAUGAAGAUGAAGAAGAGGAUGAGGAAGAAAAGGAAGAGGAAGAGGAUGAGGAAGAAAAGGAAGAGGAAGAGGAAGAGGCUGAGAGGAGGAAACUCAAGAGCAGGAUUUAUACAUCCAAUGAAGACAUGAUUGAUAGUACUGUUCCUAUCUCAAGACAUAAGAAUACUACUGUUCUUACCUCAAGAUAUGGGGGUACUACUGUUCCCACCUCAAGAUAUGGGGAUACUACUGUUCCUACCUCAAGAUAUGAUAUUGAGUGGGAGGAGGAUGAAGAUGCAAGUGUCGAUAUUUCUCAGCCAAUCUCCAUUAAGAAAGGUACCAGAUGGAACCUUGCGGCUGUGGGCAAUGACACAUUUACCGAGCAACAAAAGCAAUCACGAUUUACUUGGGAGCUUGAGAGGAGGAAAAAGGUUAAGCUUGAGAUGAAGACACAUCCUUUGUAUGAGCGGGAUUUGGACUCAGAUUCGAGUUCGUCGGGUCCUGACCAGAUCAAAAGGUAUGGAUUCAAGGAUGGUGAUCAUAAAGUUGGGAGGAAAAAGAAACAUCCAUUGUCCAAAUCAGGCAAGAAAUCUGGCCAUGCAACCAUGCUGAAGAGACAGUCUCUUCUGAAGCUUUUGAUAGAUAAAAUGAGCGGUGAUAAAAAUGAAGAAACUUUGCCAUUUGAUCAGAAUCCUCAGCUCCAGUUUACUUUCAAGGAAAUGCAUCCGUUGGUAUUCUCAUUUGGAGAUGAAGAUUUGGUACCAGCUGACAAACCAGAGCAAGAUGGUGCAAUGGAUAUGUUGUGGGCUGACUUUGACUUUGCUUUAGAGUCAGAGAAUAUUGGCACUUAUUAUGAUGACGAGGGUCAAGAUGAGGGCAAUCAACUAGAUUUUGCUCUUGCACCAGUAACACCUUGUUCUCGAGGGAAGCAUGAAUUUAUCAUUGAUGACCAAAUUGGAAUCAGAUGCAGAUAUUGUUCCUUAGUAAAUCUGGAAAUCAAAUUCAUGUUCCCAUCAUUGGUGUCAGGUUUUGCCGAAAAAUCUGCGUGGCCAAAUGCCAAAGGUGUGAAGAAUGCAUUGAUGUUUCAUGACCUUUAUGAAGAAGCAGACAGUGGCACCGAGCACACUCAAGAUUUCCAUCUAUAUGGAACAGUGUGGGAUCUGAUUCCAGGUGUCAUUAGUACUAUGUAUGAGCAUCAGCGUGAAGCAUUUGAAUUUAUGUGGACGAAUCUAGUUGGUGAUAUUAGGCUUGAUGAGCUGAAGCAUGGAGCAAGGCCUGAUGUUGUUGGAGGAUGUGUGAUCUGUCAUGCUCCAGGGACAGGGAAGACACGAUUAGCAAUUGUAUUUAUCCAGACAUAUAUGAAAGUGUUUCCAGACUGCCGGCCAGUGAUUAUUGCACCUCGUGGGAUGCUUUUUGCUUGGGAUGAGGAAUUUAAGAAAUGGAAUAUUGAUAUUCCUUUUCAUAUAAUGAAUACAGCUGAUUACACUGGAAAAGAGGACCGAGACAUAUGUAAGUUAAUAAAGAAAGAACAUCGGACAGAAAAGUUGACAAGACUUGUGAAACUGCUUUCAUGGAACAAGGGGCAUGGUAUUCUUGGAAUAAGUUAUGGCCUUUAUACGAAAUUAACAUCUGAAAAACCUGGUUGCACAGAAGAAAACAAAGUAAGAAGCAUUCUUCUUGAAAAUCCUGGCUUGCUUGUUCUUGAUGAAGGACACACACCUAGGAAUCAUCGUAGUGUCAUGUGGAAGACACUAGGAAAUGUUAAAACAGAGAAACGUAUAAUUCUAUCUGGAACUCCGUUUCAGAACAAUUUUCUUGAGCUUUACAACAUUCUUUGUUUGGUAAGGCCCAGGUUUGGUGAAAUGUUUCUAACUAAAGCAAGAUUGGGUCGAAGGCACUAUGUCUCAAAGAAGCAAAAAGAUAAGUUUUCUGAUAAAUAUGAAAAAGGAGUUUGGGCUUCACUAACUAGCAAUGUAACUGAUGACAAUGCAGAGAAAGUAAGAUCAAUAUUGAAACCAUUUGUUCAUAUCCAUAACGGUAACAUUCUUCGAACUCUUCCAGGGCUCAGAGAGAGUGUGAUUAUUCUGAAACCACUUCCCCUUCAAAAGAGUAUUAUUAGAAAGGUGGAAAACAUUGGUUCUGGCAACAACUUUGAACAUGAAUAUGUCAUUUCUUUAGCUUCUACACACCCUUCCCUUGUAACAGCCAUUAACAUGUCUGAGGAGGAAGCUUCACUUAUUGAUAAACCUAUGCUUCAAAGAUUGAGGUCAAAUCCCUAUGAAGGGGUAAAAACCAGAUUUGUAAUCGAAGUUGUUCGUUUGUGUGAGGCACUAAAAGAGAAGGUUUUGAUUUUUAGCCAAUAUAUUCAGCCACUAGAACUGAUAAAAGAGCAUCUUCGCAAGUUCUUUAAGUGGAGAGAAGGCAAGGAAAUUCUUCAAAUGGAUGGAAAGAUCCUUCCGAGAUAUCGCCAGGCUUCGAUUGAAGCCUUUAAUAAUCCAAAAAAUGACUCCAGGGUGUUACUUGCAUCCACAAAAGCUUGCUGUGAAGGGAUUAGCUUGACAGGAGCUUCAAGAGUUGUGCUUCUAGAUGUUGUUUGGAACCCAGCUGUUGGAAGGCAAGCCAUCAGCAGAGCGUUUAGGAUAGGCCAGAAGAAAUUUGUAUAUACAUACAAUUUGAUAACUUAUGGAACAGGUGAAGGUGACAAAUAUGACAGGCAAGCGGAAAAGGAUCACUUGUCCAAGUUGGUCUUCUCUACAGAAGACGAGUUCAGUAAUGUUAGGAACAUGCUAUCUAAAGCUGAAAUGGAGCACUGUUCUAAGUUGAUUUCAGAAGAUAAGGUUUUGGAGGAGAUGACUUCUCACGAUCAACUUAAAGGAAUGUUUUUGAAGAUCCAUUAUCCACCAACCGAGUCAAACCUUGUUUAUACUUACAAUCAGAUUGCUCCUGCGUAAAGUGGUGGCAGUCUUCAUCCUCAGAUUGAUUUAUUCUAAGGCUAGACAUGCACUGAAGAACACCGACAGGUUUCAUUGUCUUUAUGUCCAUUCCACGAUGUAUCUACAAUUGUAUUGUAAGUUGUGACCCAUCAUGCAGCUUGGAGAGGACUAAAAGUAGAACUUAAUAAUUGGUAGCAGAGCCUCAAUGUAUUUGGUGGUGUGCACAAGGUUGCAGGUUUACCAAUGCAUGUGUUUCCAUCCAAAUGUGAUGUAUAAUAAUCCAGUUGGAUCAUUUGAGGCGGUCCAACUUUAUUUGAAUAAAAGACUGCCUCAAUUAAAAUAAACAGAUUCUGCCUCAAUUGGCAAUUUGGGUGGUCCAAUUCA